AUGAGAGGCUUGGAAAUACACUCUUCUCCAGACAAGAAGAAAUACGUUAUCGGGGGUGCAAUCGCCUUCGUGAUUCUUGUUAUUGCUGCCCCCUUUCUUUCUUCAACUUAUUCUUACUUGAAGAUCGCCACGAGCAGUAUUGACGAAAGUAUUUGUCCUGUUUAUGACUUCAAACGUCCUGCAUCCUUCUUAAUUGAUAACUCUACUGCUGUUGAAAUUAUAAAUGAUGAAAAGUUUAGAUUGAAGUCUGUCCAAAAGGUUUCAGGUGCCGUCCGGAUUGACACUACUGUUUUCGAUAACCAACCAGAUGUCGAUGAUGAUCCAAAGCUUUGGGCCAACUUUGCCAAAUUCCAUAAAUACUUGGAAUUGACCUUCCCUACCGUAUAUGCCUUGUUAGAGGUUAACUACGUGAACACUUACGGUAUUGUUUUCCACUGGAAAGGUUCGGAUAAGCACUUAAAGCCCUUGAUGCUUGCCGCUCAUCAGGAUGUAGUUCCUGUGCAGAAGGACACCUUAGAUGCUUGGACCUACCCACCUUUUGAAGGUCACUACGAUGGUGAGUAUCUCUAUGGUAGAGGUUCUUCUGACUGUAAGAACGUGUUGAUCGCUAUUUUAGAGAGUUUUGAGUUAUUGAUCUCCAAGGGUUAUGAACCAAAAAGAAGUAUCGUGGCAGCCUUUGGGUUCGAUGAAGAGGCUUCUGGGAUCGUUGGGGCUCAAAAUAUUGCCAAGUACUUAGAAAAGACCUUUGGCAAAGAGUCAAUGUAUGCCAUUAUUGAUGAAGGUCAAGGUUUGACCACAGACGCCAACACCAACCAGGUCAUUGCCAUCCCAGGUACUGGUGAAAAGGGGUAUGUGGACAUUCUUGUUGAAUUAACUACACCAGGUGGACAUUCAUCUGUUCCCCCAGACCACACUCUGAUUGGUAUCGUUUCUGAAUUGGCUUACUUGAUAGAAAAAGAUCCAUAUAACUCCAUCUUGACUGAAAAGAACCCAUACUUGAACUACUUACAGUGUGGUGCUGUUCACCAGGGCAAGAAGGGAGGACUCUCUUCAUUCAUGAAGAAGGCUAUUUUGAGAGCUGGUUUUGAUAAAUAUGCCAACUCCAAAGUUUUAGAGUUACUUAGAGCUAAUUUACUCACCAAGUACCUUGUCACAACUUCACAAGCUAUUGACAUCGUUAAGGGUGGAGAAAAAGUCAAUGCCUUGCCAGAGUACACCAAGAUGGUGGUGAACCAUAGAGUUGCCAUUGAGACAACUUUAGAUGAAGUUAGAAGCAAUUUCAUUGAGAGAGCAAAGAUUUUGGCUAACAAGUAUGGAUUAGAUUUAGAAGGUUUUGGUGAAGCCAUUAUCGAUAACAAAUCAUCAAAGGGAAAAUUCGUUAUUCUGAAUUUCAGCAGCCCAUUGAAGUCUGCUCCAGUGACUCCAGUAGACGAUAAAGUUUGGGAAUACCUUGCUGGAACUACCAGACACGUUUUCGAAGACUUGGUUUUCACCAAGGGUAACAAAUUGGACUACCCCAUUGUCACCGCUCCAAGUAUCAUGACCGGCAACACUGAUACCAGAUACUACUGGAACUUGACCAAGAAUAUUUUCAGAUAUUCCCCCAUGUAUCUUGAUGAUUUUGUUAAGGGAACUAACAUCCACAGUGUAGAUGAGAAAUUAAAGUUCGACAAUCACUUGCAAUUGUUGACAUUUUUCUAUGAAUUCAUUCAAAAUGUGGACACUGCCGAGGCUAAUAACAAAUAG